AUGAGUAGCAACAAUACUGUACAGAUUCAGAAAAGCGGCGUCACCCAAGUUAUCCGAAGUGGCAUCUCCAGGACACCAUUAACCAAGCUGUAUGAACGAGUUAAAGCCAUCGCAGAUGGAGCCAGAGGUGGAAUGAACCAGGGCAUCUACAUUGUCCGAAAGAUAUCCACGGGGAAACUCUAUGUCGAGAAGAGAUUCAAGCCACACCCCAACGACCAGUUUACAAUCAGGCUUGCCAUGCUCGAGAUAUACCUCCUCAAACGCCUCGUCCAUAACUCCAUCGUGUUCUAUCAGGACGCCUACGUACGAGAAAACCCAUUUGAUGCCGCAGUAUAUAUGGAAUACUGCGAUCGAGGGUCUCUUUCCAAUCUUAUCCAGGUAUACCAACAAAGCAAAACGACGCACCAACAACACUUCAUCCCGGAGAGUUUCAUCUGGCACGCCUUCGUCGGCCUCGCUGACGCCCUCUACUUUCUGAAAACAGGGGAGAGCUACAUCUCGACCCCGAUCCACAGCAACCAAGGUAAGAAAUGGACGCCCAUCAUUCACAGAGACAUCAAACCCGACAACAUCUUCCUGCGCUCGCACGACACCCCCGGCUCCAAGAAACCACUCUACGUAUUACUCUCCGACUUUGGUCUUGCCUCCCCCGACGACAAGGAUCCUAGUGUUGCUCGCAAGCCUUCCGGCGUACGGGGAACCCCCGAAUUCCACGCCCCCGAGCUGUGCUUCCAGCCCUUUCCCGCCACGCACCAGAUGGACUACCAAGCUCAACCGCACACAGCCAAAUCGGACGUCUGGGCGUUGGCGUGCAUGAUGUUUGCCAUGUGCGAGCGGGACGAGUUCGCGCAUUUAAAUCGGUACUGUUUCCCCAUGCGGAGUCAGAAGUGUCGGGGCCGAGACGCCAUUUUGUCCAUGCUGGAUAUCACGCAGAAGCAGGAGUACUCGGAGUAUCUGGAAAGGUGCAUCAAGUGGGCGGGGAAUAAGGAUCCGCGGGAUAGGCCGGAUCCGAGGGUAUUGAUUAGGGAGGUUAAGGGUGAGUUGGAUAAGUGGGUUAAGGAUCCUAAUUGGACGGCGCAGGUUGCGGUUGCGGGCGAGUUGCCGGAUUGGGCUACAAAGAAGUCGGAUGUUAGUUAG